AUGGCUCCGACACGACGUAUAUUCCCGAGGAAAGAUAGUACGUUGGACCGCGCCAUAAACGUUGGAGUUAGUCUGCCAAGUUUUAAUUUCGUCGAGACUCGUCCGUCUCGUCGUCUAUUGUACGCCACGGUAUCAAGACGAGCAGAGCAGUUUGAAGACCCUUUGAUGCCUUUGGAGACCAAGAUGGCUCGAACUUGGCAAGCGUUGCUCCGACACUCCGAAAGUGGGCGCUUUGGGAACCCUAAAGCUGGCCCAGUAAACCGUAUUUGUACCGCUUUAUGUCUUGAAGCUACCGAGCAGAUUCUCGCAGCUUGUGGAGCAUCAGCAUUGCUACGGAAUGUACUCGUGGGUGGUCUUGCGAACUCCAUUUACGCAGAGUAUGAUCCGGACCAUAAGUUUGAGAAGCAACAACAAUACGCGGACGUUGUCGGGCGUCAAGGCAAGAAGAUUUUAGCUCAAGACGAAGAGAUCGUCAAGCUGACGAAGCUACGCGAGCACGCAGAGCAGCACGUGUUCGAUCAGCUCAGUGCAGCUGGUGUCGGUCAACUUCUUCAGCAAAUGGACUUGUCCCGUAGAGUGAGUGCUGUGGCUGAGAUUCUGACCCCUGUACUUGACGACGAACUGCUACUCGUAAUUUGGAAUGCCACUGCUACAACCCAAGCGUCUGCGAACCAGCUCCUCCGAUCUCAAGCGUCAGAUGAUGCCGAGAUGGAUACAUCACAAGAGAAGAUGUCGUGGAAAGAGACCCGAAAACGAGGAGCUGCCCUGGCGAGUCUCGUGCUGCAAGAACGUGUUCGUCUCGUGAUUCUUGUGUGGCAACGAUUGAGUCCCGAAGAGAAGAAUUUAGCGUACAAGGCUCUGGAUCCCUCGAUCUCCGCUACACAGGCGGCUACUACUCUCAAGAGCGUCCUGCACGCACUCGAAGAAACCUAUGUCUCCGAGUUAAUCCAUCACCAGCGGCAACUUUCGCGUCGAAACUUGAAUUUGGCCUCUCAGCUGGGAAUCAUCAACGAGUCCGGUCCCGACCAGACUCCAGCCUCGGGAAGGCACCUCGCCCUGGCCCCUACUACUCCACGUGCGUUAGGAAAGCUGCGCGUCCUUAGGGCUCGUUCGCGCUCCUUAUUACUAACCGGCGACGCUGCGGACUCGACCCUCGCUGCAGUUGAAUCCAAGACAUCAAUCCCGCAGGUUCUAUUGAGCGCCCUUGUGCCAUCAAGUCCUGGUCAUGGCAGGCUCAGUCAAAUCCAUAUUUCUUCGAAUCAAGGACGCUCGCGGCCUGUGAGCUCCGGUAUUUUACCGGAGCAGUUGCUGGCAUCUCAUACUGAUGUUCUCCGCACGUGUGAAGAUGUGUUUGAUCUCCUCUGUGAGGUGGAACAGCAACAAGUGGCAGCGCUCGAGCGACAUAAUGGCGUGCACGGAGUGGACUGUGAGGAGAUAGAGGAGCGGAUAUUGGUGCAAGCUCGCGUAAAGCUGCGAGAUCUUCUGUGCACGUACAUGGAGCCAUCUGAGCCUAUUCAGGAACGCUAUAACAGAUGUGAGGAAGCACGCGAGAAGCGACAGGAGCUCGAGAGUGGUCGGUCUGAUGACGAACGUAAGCUCACGGAGUUGGUGCGUGCCAUCAUAGCCGGACAACGUCGCAAUCCUGAACUUCUCGUCAACGUCGUGAACCGCAGUCCAGAGACACUACUAAGUGCGAUGUCCUUGAACGCAGGGAUGUUGCUCUUCUCUAUCGUAAAAUUCCCUGACCUGGUGAAGAGAUUCCUGUCGUUAGAUGCGAAAGCGUGUGAUUUUCUGGACGCGCUAGUGCAAAGGCACAAAGGAGUGCAGUUACUGUGGAGACCUCCAGGUGGUAUCUACAGCCACGACAGCUUCCUACCGACCACCAAAACGAGAAAAGUGUCCGUUGCUACCGAGGAAAUAGCGUUAGCGUUACCGACUGGGGGUUCCUUGGAGCAAGGGACGAUGUUACUGCUGGAGUGGUUCACGUCGCAUCUCAAUGACUUGACUGAAGCUUUGCUGGAGCACCCGAAGCCGCUGCAGUUGUUGUUCACGAAGAUGCAUCAGCGUGGCGACGUGUCUGCCUUCUAUCAGAUGAUGCUACUACUGCAACAGACUCCAGGGGUCCAGAACUUUAUAUCGCGCGCUUCGGUUGGAACUUUGGAGAGACUUGCGCUUGAAGACCAAACUGCCGUGCUAGCUGUGCUUAGAGAGAUCUUCCAAUGCCGGAAAAACAGCAGCGAAAAUGGUGGAGACAGCCCGACAUCUCGUGCGAAUCGAGAUUUACUCCACGAGCUGCAAGCGUCUCCUCAUCUGCUGACGUGUCUGAGCUCCAUGGAUCCGAAUGUGAUUCAGGAGGUUUUCUUAGGAAAUGUGGACGUCUGGGGACCAUUUUUUGUCGACAUGGUGGCUUCGAGCGACUUUCUAUUACGUCAAAGUCUUGUACAGCGGACGAACCAUGUUGAGGGCGGCGACACGCUGCUACGUCUUCUGACCGUGGUUAUUGACGGCACUACCGCCGCAUUGGAUCUGGAAGCGCUGGAUAGAGCGCUCUCGGCACCAGAUGUGGAGCAGGAGAAACAGCGCUUAGCCAGUGCACGCAGAAAAGAGCAUCAGUGCAUUUACCUCCGUGGUCGCUGUACAGUCUUUCGAGCGGUGAUAGCGCCACAGAUCGCUAUCGUUGGGUACAACCCUCGACGCUUCUUGUACCGAUCCAGUAAAGAGAACAAAUCGGGACGCACACUUCUGCGUCCUCGAGCGAAGAGAACUGCUCCAUCGGCGCUAACAAGGAAACGGCAUCCUCGAAGCGAAGGUGGCGGGUUUCAAGCCCCAAUUUCCAGUGGAGACAGCAGCACAAGUGAGAAGAUUUUACUAGCAAGAGGAGGUGAGGUACCGCCAAUGUGGCAGCUGUAUCUACGAGCUCAUACUGCGUUACAGUCGAGAGAAGAUACCGAUGGAACGCUAGAUACUUUGCCUGCUCUGUCGAAGGCUCGCACGAAAGCCUUAGUACUGGAUAUCUGGCUGGAGUUCCUCAAGGUGGAUCAUCUGCAGCUAGAGACAGCGAGUCUCUGGUCUGUAGCGCCGUUCGUGUGCGACUACUUGGUUGCACGCUACAACGCUCCUGCUGCAGUAGGUGCACGGCUCGAGAACUUGUUGAAUGGGUUGCUGGCUUUCCAAGAUGAUUCUCGCGUGGCUUUCUUCGCCUCGGUAUGUGGACUGGGCGAAGUGAAGACGUCAGACGCGUACGAAUCGGGUCCGCCAAGCUACGACGUCUUCUUGUACUACAUGCACGCACUCGCGCAUCUUUUCUACGGACAGAUGAAGAUCUUCCAAUCAGGCAAGCGUCUCGAUGAAACAGCGAACGGAAGCUGUCCAAUUGAUGUCCAGCACGCCGUGACUGUCACGAAUACGCUGUUUGCUUUUUCUCUACCAGAGUCAGCGCUGCGUGCAUUGUGUGCUGAGAUCGAAGGCCUGCCUCGUAUCAGAGCCGCUGGAAUAGCAGGCGUGACGGAUAUUCCUACUCGAUUCGUCGAGCUUGACGAUGUGAUGAGCGUCUUAUUGAAGCAAUGGACAGCCAAAACCCACCAGACAGAGGAGCGCUAUCGACAGGCAUUUGCUACAAACGAUUUGGGUGGAGAUCGAAUAGGAUUGGACGAGUUUAUCAAGAUAGUGACCGGAGUCACAGCGGGACGGAUAGCAGCGCGUGAAUGUCGCUUAGUAUUUAGUGAUGCCGGCCAAGAAUUCAUGAAUCUUGACAUGUUCUUGCGCGUGACGCGUGCGUAUCAGCUUCGUGUCUUCGACACACAUUUACCGGAGGUAAGUCUUGACGAGCGCGACCUGCAGGAUCUCCGUCUAUCAGCGGGGCGAGCCAAUAUUGCAUCAACGCAACGAGAAGUUGAAGAUCUGGCGCGAUACUGGCGCAGUGUCCGCUCGGACGUGGUGCAUCAACUCGAAGCUGCACAUCAGAAGAAGACGACCAAGGCGCUGCUCAAGAAUCAGAGUGCACUUAUAGAGAAACUCGUGGCCAACACACCUCUACUGCAGCAACAGCUUCAGAUUCAACAGCCAUACGCUAAACGACUAGCUACAAGCUCAGCGCACACGGCAGCAUUGCAAGAGAAGCUUGACCGCGUAUGGCAUGAAGUGAGAACGUGCGUCGCGAUGCUACAUCGAGCUAAGCUCACGCAGCAUUACCUCAGUGGACUUUUCAUUCGUUCCAACAUGUUGCGCUGGAUACGACAAGCUCGCAAGCGCGCCAGUGAAGAGGAAAAGCGGCUUACGUCGCGUCUGUCAUCACCGCUGCUUCCAUCUGGUAGUGGAGUCUCCAAGUCAGGCUCCGUGCAAAGUAUAACCUCACAACCAUAA